AGCCUGCAGCAAUACAGACGCAGGUCUUCAGCCACCCAGUGCCUGCAAGGAGAUUGUAGCCACCCCAAAGUCCGUUUGCAGUUGGAGGCAUGGGGUCUCCAGCAGCCCUGCCCUGCCUGCUCCUUCUCAUCCUGCACCUCACAGCUGGAGGAUCAGCAGUGCUGCAUUACGUGGUCACGUCCCCAGCUGUGAUCUACCACCCCCACACAGCGACGCUGUGGGUCCAUCUCAGCGAACUCCCCCAGCCUGCCCAGGUGACCGUCCAGCUGCAGAGAGCAGGGGGGGCUGGCAACAUCACCCUGCUGGAGAGGAAGGUGCAGGAGCCUCACGUGCAUCUGAAUGUCACCUUCAUCGCUCCAGCCCCCUCCAAGGGGAAGGAGGAAAUCGUGGAUCUGCACGUCUCAAUCCAGGGAGAUUCCCUGGAUGUCUCCAAAAAGAAGAAGGUGAUGCUGAGAGCCCUGGAGCCUGGGAUCUUCAUACAGACAGACAAGGCUGUCUACAAGCCUGGGCAGCAAGUGAAGUUUCGAAUCGUCUCUUUGGAUAAAGACUUCGUUGCCAGUGACAAGCAGCUGCCCCUCGUGUUCCUGAAGGACCCCAGAGGGAACCGCAUCGCGCAGUGGCGAGACGUGAGCCCGCGGCAGGGCAUUGUGGACCUGUCCCUCCCGCUGGCCGCGGAGCCAGCCCUGGGCACAUACACCAUUGAGGUGGAGGGGAAGACUCGCUCCUUCAGCGUGGAGGAAUACGUGCUGCCCAAGUUCGAGGUGACCAUUGACGUCCCCCCCAUCGUGCUGGAGAAAGACAAGAAGCUUCGGGUGGAGAUUUGUGGGAGGUACACCUAUGGGAAACCCGUCCAGGGGAAGGUCCAGGCCACCGUGUGCAGGCCCUUCUUGUUCGGCUGGGUGAUGUACGUUCCUGGGCAAUCCUCACCAAGGACAAACUGCAUCGAGGUUGGCGGGCAGACCGAGAAGAACGGCUGCUUUUCGACAGAAGUUUUGAUGGCUUCCUUCAACCAGACCAACGGCAGGCUUCAGAAGCGCGUGCAAGUCAAGGCGUCAGUGGUGGAGGAGGGGACAGGGCUGGAGAUGAACAACACAAAGAGCUUUGACAUUUUGCCUGAAAUCUACAAGGUUACCUUCGAGAACACCGAAGGCUUUUACAAGCGUGGGAUUCCCUACACCGGGACGAUGCGGCUGGAGGGACCUGGUGGCUCUGUCCCCAAGGAGAAGCAGCUGGUGCUCAUCGUUCGCCAUCAAGGAGAAGCUACAAGACACAGCUUCCUGACUGACACGUCGGGGAGAGCCUCCUUCGAGCUGGACACCUCUGGUUGGACUGGCACUGUCACCCUGCGUGGUCAAGUCAAUGAGUCGGCUCACACCCAGGAGAGCAGUGGCUCGUCACCCCUCUAUGGCAGCUUUGCGGACCUGCGCCCCUUCGUUUCGAAGAGCCAGAGCUUCCUGCACAUUCACAGGCUGGAGAGCAAGCUGCCCUGCAGCCAGCCCCAGCAGCUCCAGGUGGAUUACAUCUUCAACAAGGAAGCCUUGGGGACUGAGCUGCAGAGACUGGAUGUGGUCUUCCUGGUCAUGGCCAAGGGGACCAUUGCCACCAUCCUCAGGAAGGAGCUGCCCGUGGAGGCAGGGCUGAGAGGCUCCUUCUCCCUGGAACUGCCUGUUGGCCCCGAGCUGGCGCCCAUGGCCACGGUGCUGUGCUAUGCGGUGCUGCACAGCGGCGAGAUGGUGGCUGACAGCACCAAGCUCAGCCUGGCCAAGUGCCUCCCCAACAAGGUGAAGCUGGCCUUUUCGGAGGAACGGGCGCUGCCUGGCUCGGCGCUGAGGCUGGAGCUGGAGGCAGCCCCGAGUUCCCUGUGUGCCAUCCGUGCCGUGGACCGGAGCGUGCUGCUCUUGAAACCUGAGGCUGAGCUCAGCAUGGAGGAGAUCUACAAACUCCUGCCCAAUUUUGACUCCCCUGGAAGCAUUCGAGACCCAGAGCCCUGUUCACCUUUCUGGAGACAUCCCCGCUUAUCCCGCACCCCACCUAUGAGAAACACAGACGUUUUUCUCCAUUCAAGGAGGUAUUUUUUACCUCCACCUUUCUGGGAAAAUUUCCAGGUGGACGCCUACAAGUUAUUUCAGGACGCAGCACUGAAACUUCUCACCAAUGCCAAGAUCAGGACUGCUUGCGAAGAGUGGUUCGACAUGCCUGACUUACCUGACAUGGGCUUUGUGGGUCCUACAGGUCGGCGUCCUCACAAAGCACUCGGUAGAGAGGGGCUGGGCAGGGGUGUCCCCUCUCCUGAUAACAUAAUGUUCUCUUCCGGAUAUCUGAUGAAAAAUAGGAUGGGUAUCCCUGCUGUCGUCAGCCGUACCUUAGAGGUACCUCCCAUCCAGGAGGAGCCACCGGCUCCGCGGUCGUACUUCCCAGAGACGUGGCUGUGGGACCUGGUCCCCGUGGGGGAGGAGGGCUCCGUGGAGGUGCCGGUGACGGUGCCCGAUGCCAUCACGGAGUGGACAGCCGGGAUGUUCUGCACGGCGCCCACGGGCUUGGGGAUAGCCCCUACCGUCACCCUCUUGACCUUCAAGCCCUUCUUCGUGGAGCUGGCGCUGCCCUAUGCCGUGACCCGGGGCGAAGCCUUCACCCUGACCGCCACCGUCUUCAACUACCUGCGGCAGUGCCUGCGGGUUCGGGUGACGCUGGCGGAGUCGGCGGAGCUGGAGGUGUCAGAGACCGCGGGCGGGACAUACAGCGGCUGCGUCUGUGCGGAUGAAGCCAGGACCUUCCGGUGGGAUGUGAAAGCCACCAGCCUGGGGGAGGUGAACAUCACCAUCAGCACCGAGGCCAUAAACUCAGAGGAGCUCUGUGGUAAUGAGGAGCCUGUGGUGCCAGCCCAGGGACGCGUGGACACCGUGAUAAAGCCCUUGCUGGUGCAGCCCGGGGGCAUCCUGGUGGAGAAGGCGCACAGCUCCCUGCUCUGCCAGGAAGCCGCUGAAGAAGUCUCCCUGAAGCUUCCUGCAAACAUCUUGGAGGGCUCCCAGCGAGCCCACGUCACCGUGAUGGGCGACAUCAUGGGCAACGCGCUGCAGAACGUGGACCGCCUCCUGGCCAUGCCCUAUGGCUGCGGGGAGCAGAACAUGGUCCGCUUCGCCCCCAACAUCUACAUCCAGCAGUACCUGGAGAAGAGCGGGCAGCUGACCCCUGACAUCCGUGCCAAGGCGCAGGGCUUCCUGCAGAGCGGGUACCAGCGAGAGCUGCUCUACAAGCACGCUGACGGCUCUUACAGUGCUUUUGGGGAGAGCGAUGCCAGCGGCAACACCUGGCUGACGGCAUUUGUCCUCAAGUCCUUCGGGCAAGCCAGAGCCUACGUGGCCAUCGAGGAACAGCACAUCACGGAUGCUCUGCGCUGGCUGCAGAGUCAGCAGCUGAAGACGGGAUGCUUCCGCAGUGUGGGCAAGCUCUUCAACAAUGCCCUGCAGGGCGGUGUAUCGGAUGAGCUCUCGCUGUCGGCUUAUGUCACGGCUGCGCUGCUGGAGCUGGGGGCGUCCCCAAUGGAACCCAUGGUGAGCUUGGCCCUGGAGUGCCUGGAGGCUUCGAGCACCGACGACCUCUACACGCAGGCCCUGCUGGCCUACGUCUGCGGGCUGGCGGGGCGCGAGGAGCAGCGCCAAGCCCGGCUGCAGAGCCUUGUGCAGCGCGGCGUCAGCACAGAGGGGCAGCUCUUCUGGCAGAGGAAGGGGAAGGCUCUGCCCACGGAGUCCCUCUGGGCUGCGGCCGCGCCGGCAGAGGUGGAGAUGACCGCCUAUGUCCUCCUGGCACACCUGACCCAGCCCCAGGUGUCCUCCACCGACCUGGCCAGAGCCUCCCAAAUUGUCCGCUGGCUCAGCAGGCAGCAAAACCCCUACGGGGGCUUUGCCUCCACGCAGGACACCGUAGUGGCCCUGCAGGCUUUGGCCAAGUACGCCACUCUGACGUAUGGCAGCAACGGGGACUUCGUGGUGACGGUGACAGCCCCGGGGGGCUCCACGCAGGACUUCGUGCUGGACGCGAGCAAUCGGCUGGUGCUGCAGCGGGCAGCCCUGCACGAGCUGCCGGGGCUGUACGCGGUGCAAGCCCGCGGGCAGGGCUGCGCCCUGGUGCAGGUGACCCUGCGCUACAACGUGCCACCACCGCCCAGCGCGGGGACGUUCGACCUCCGUGUGGAGACCGAGCCCAAGACGUGUAGUGCGGACGCCAGUGCCCGCUUCCGCCUCCUCCUCCGGGCACGGUACACCGGGGAGCGCCCCACCACCAACAUGGCUGUCAUCGAGGCCAAGCUGCCGUCUGGCUACAUCCCGGACAAGGGCUCGGUGGUGGAGCUGAAGAGGCAGAAGCUGGUGAAGAAGGUGGAGGUGCAGACCGACCAGGUGACAAUUUACCUGGACCAGCUGACGAAGGAGGAGGAGACCUUUGUCUUCACAGCCACGCAGGACUUCCCCGUGAGGAACCUCCAGCCGGCCACCGUGACGCUGUACGACUACUACGAGACGGGUGACCGCACGGAUGCUGCCUACAGCGCUCCUUGCAGCUCAGAGGCUGACAGCCAGGCAAAGGAGAAUUUCUAGUGGAGCCUGAGGUGUGGCUGCCGGUCCCUCUCUGCUCAUCCCAAUGCCCUCAGCCAAGAACCAGGACAGCCAAAGAUUUCUGCUCCCCCUGGUCACAGCCCCAAGCCCUCCACGGGGGGAGAACACGGCCCAGGCUCUCACAGCACCAUCAGCAGCCAGCACAGCACAGACUCGAGAGCUUCUCCCCACAGUGCAGCUCCUCCCCUGCCAGACCCAGGGCAGGGAUGUCUCGGGGCUCUGCAUCACCCUGCCACAGACGGUUUUAUGGGAACACCCUGGUGCAGCUCCCUCCACAAACAGCGCUGCCACUAAAAGGGAUCUGGGGAUAACUCUGCAAUCUCAUCACAACAGGUUUAGGCCCUUGUUACCUGCCCUGGGUCUAAAUAAAUACAUUUUCUUAAGUGCAUCUUUUCUCUUUGUAUUCCUUCUCCUAAACUUGCUGUGUCCCCCCACUUGGAGAGGGCAGUGGGGCUGACCAGAGGCUGGGGAGGUGGCUACUGUGGAUGACGCUGGGCAGGGAGGGACUCCUGGGGCUGGCUGGCUGUUUGGCCCAGAGAUAAAUUGAGGUGUGCCGAGGUGAGCAGGCUAACCCCAGUGUUAG